AUGUUUAUCAAGUCAUCAUUAAUCAUAAGGCGGGCUCCUCUACGGACUUUAACAAAUAACCUUUCUCCUCGAAAAAUCAAUACUGCCGCAAUUUUCCAAAGCCUUGAUCCAUCAACAGAAUUGAAAACAACAUCACAAUCAAUCAGUUUUGAACAAGAUUAUCAUAUCAGAUCAAGUCUAGAAAAAAUCAUUCAUCGCUAUGCAACAAAGCCAUAUCAGAAGAUAACCCUCAACAAACUUGUGCAGUAUGGUGGAACCAACCUCUCUGAUGAAGAAAUCAUUUCUGCCGCCAAUGAGACUCUAUUGAACCUCAAAAUCCUUAAUGCGAAAAGACUCAUCCAUAUCAGAUCUUUGCCCUAUAUGGUGGUUCUAAACCCUCACAUUUCUCUUUCAUAUUCUCUUUACCUAAGGUCAAUGAGAGAAAUAUUGUCGACACCUCCUGUCCUUACCGUGGCUGAUGCCCUAGAAUUUGUCAAAGUCUGUGAAGAUUUCCUUGAUAAACAUGCCGAUGCCAUUCCAAGAUUAUCUAAAGGUUUUACAGAAAUCAUUGGGAAGUAUUAUCCAAAGGCGGACUCUUUCAAAUUUUUAGAUAUUCAUUUACGUGAGCGUAUCAUUAUGAAGCUCACAGCUCAGCAUUUCAUCUUUUUGAUGAAUCCUCCUACCGCAACCAACAUUGGCGUAUUAGAUCUGAACUUGAAUAUCAACCAACUUGUCAAGCAACAAGCAGAUUUUGUUAAUGAACUUUGCAAUAUGAAGUAUAUGAAGAACUGUCAACUAGAAAUUGAAACCAACAAUUAUUACACAAGCAAGGACACAAAUAACAAUGACUCAUUAAUCGUUGAACGCAAUAAGGACAUUUAUUUCCCCUUUAUUUACGAGAAUUUAGAAUAUUGCAUUCUUGAGCUUUUAAAGAAUAGCUUUCGCGCCCAUAUUGAAAAUGACGUUCCUUACGAAAAUAAAAUUAAAGUGAUAAUCAACAAAUACAUAGAUGAAGAUGCCAAUGUCCCAAUUUUACAAAUUAGAAUUAGCGAUCAAGGAGGUGGUAUUGAUCCGGAAACCCAACAGCAAAUGUAUGAUUUCAGUUUCACUACAGUCAAGUCAGAAGAUGAUAGUGACGUUUAUGAUUCACAAAACAAUAGAUCGGUUGCAGGCAUGGGUUAUGGGUUAGGGUUGUCAAAGACAUAUUGUCAAAUAUUUGAUGGCUCAUUACAUGUAGAAAGUUACUACGGGUAUGGUACAGACGUUUAUAUAAAACUUAAGGGACCAAGUUUAUCAUACGCCAAUUGA